AUGUUCAGUCUGAAUGGUGCCCGAAGCGAGGGAUGUGUCCAAGAGCUGUUCCAUGAGGAAGCACAGCAGGUGUCUCAAACGCAGACCAAACCCUGGUGGAAGAUCCAGCUGUUUGUAUGGGAGCCAGUGCUUUUUGGAACGUGGGAUGGCGUCUUCACCUCCUGCAUGAUCAACAUUUUUGGAGUGGUUCUUUUCCUGAGGACAGGAUGGCUCGUGGGAAACACUGGCAUUGUAAUGGGCAUGUUUCUGGUGUCCUUUGUCAUCCUGGUUGCCCUGGUGACAGUUUUGUCUGGAAUUGGGGUAUGUGAGAAGUGCAGCAUUGGAAGUGGAGGAGUCUACUCCAUGAUUUCUACUGUCCUUGGAGGUCAAGUAGGGGGGACCAUUGGCCUCCUUUACAUUUUUGGCCAGUGUGUUGCAGGUGCUAUGUACAUCACUGGCUUUGCAGAGUCCAUUGCAGAUGUCCUGAGCCUCAGCAACAUCUGGGCAGUGCGUGGGAUCUCCUUGGCUGUCCUGCUCGGCCUGCUGGGGAUCAACCUGGCUGGGGUGAAGUGGAUCAUCAGGCUCCAGCUGCUGCUGCUCUUCCUGCUGGCUGUCUCAACACUGGACUUUGUCAUUGGGUCCUUUACACACCUCGAUCCAGAGCAUGGCUUCGUUGGCUACCCGGAAGAGCUGAUGUUCAACAACACACUGCCAGACUACAGCCAGGGGGAGUCUUUCUUCACUGUUUUUGGAGUGUUUUUCCCAGCUGCCACAGGUGUGAUGGCUGGGUUCAACAUGAGUGGGGAUCUCCAGAAGCCUUCAGCCAACAUCCCUCUGGGGUCCCUGGCUGCUAUCGGCACCUCGUGGUUUCUGUACAUGGUCUUUGUUUUUUUGCUGGGAGCCAUUUGUACCCGUCAGUCACUUCGCUAUGACUUCAUGAUAGCAGAGAAGGUAUCCUUGGUGGGUUUUUUGUUUUUGCUAGGGCUAUAUAUCUCAUCCCUGGCCUCCUGCAUGGGAGGGCUGUACGGAGCACCUAGGAUCCUGCAGUGCAUCGCCCAGGAGAACGUGAUUCCCAUGCUUGCCUUCCUUGGACGAGGGAAAGGCCCCAACAAGACUCCAGUGUCUGCAAUUUGCUUAACAAGUCUCAUCACCAUGGCUUUUGUCUUCAUUGGGCAAGUGAAUGUUCUUGCUCCCAUAGUCACCAUCAACUUCAUGUUGACAUAUAUUGCUGUAGAUUAUUCCUAUUUCUCAGUCUCCCUGAGCUACAGUGUGCAGCAGAAACCUGACGAGACCCAGAUGGGAACUGCUAGACCUGCUCACUCUUCCCAGCCUUUAAUUUUCAACAAGCCCUCCAGCCGUGCAGCAGAUGGAGUAAUUCAAAGCAGAUCAAAUGGCACUUUGCUGGAAUUCAAAAAAGACAUGGACCAGCUUUUUAAACCAUUUUGUAGUGAGUCAAAUACUUGCAAAAGAGAAGAAGCUGAGAAUUUAACCCAAAAGGUCAGACAAAAGAAGGUGAAGAAGCCAGCCAAGCAGACGUUACAAGACAGCUUUCUCCUGGAUCGCCAUCACAAUGCUCCUCCAGCUCAGUACAGCUGGGAUGAGACCAUGGAGCCCCACAGUGAGAGUCAGCAGGACCUGGCUGAGCAGGGCUGUUGGCAGGAUGCAGGUGUGAACUCAUCACCUGCUGUGGAUGCCCAGCAGACACCCAGGAUGCUGGAGCAGGGGGAGCAGUUCUGCAGUGAAGUGAUGAUGCUCCCCAGCCCAAGGGGAGAAGAAUCAUCUACAAAGCAACAACAUCCAGAGCUGGGAAUUCAGCAGAUACCAGAAUCUUUCUACUCUAGAUUUUUCAGUCACUGGGUUUCCUUUGCUGGUGCCAUUGUGUCCCUCAUCAUAAUGUUUGUCAUUCAGUGGAUCUACACCCUAGUCAGCCUGGGUGCAGCAGUUAUUCUAUAUUUUUACAUUGGCCAAGUGAGCCCAGGACUCCCCCUUGGAGCAGCAGCGAAUUUCAGUUUCUUUGGCUGGAUUAAGUCAAUUUUGAUCACUUCGUGCAGGAGAAGGCCAUCUCCCAAGGAGCAGAUUGUGGUGACACCAUCCUUUGCAACAGUUGGCAUGGAGACCAGGCAGCUCACCGAGGAGAACGCGGACUUUGCCUCACGGGACCGCUAUCACCAAUCCUCACUCAUUAGCAGAGAGGAAUUUGGGAAUCAAUUCCAGUGA